CAAUAUUCAUCGAAAACUUCAUUUUUUUUUUAUCUGACUACGACGUACAUCUUAAAAGCAUCAACAAAAGUUCAAGAUGACGACUAUUGAGAUGAGAGUUCACAUGGAUUGUGUGGGAUGCGAAAGCAGAGUUAAAAAUGCGCUUCAAAAGAUGAGAGGAGUGGAUGCAGUUGAAAUCGACAUGGUGCAGCAGAAAGUGACGGUGACUGGCUAUGCCGAUCAGAAGAAGGUUCUGAAGAAAGUGAGAAAAACCGGCAGGCGAGCUGAGCUAUGGCAGCUUCCUUAUAACCCUGACCACAUGGGCGGAAGCAGCAGCAACGGCGGCUACUUCUACAACCCUCAGGGCUGCAACGGCCCAAUCAACCACGCCGCACCAGUCCCGACUUCGUCUUACAAUUAUUACAAGCAUGGCUACGAUAGCAAUGACUAUUCGUCUUACCGCCACCACCCUGUUCAUGCCUCUAUCUUCAGCCACCAAACUGGUUCUAAGUUUAGUGAUGAGAAUCCUAACGCUUGUUCUAUCAUGUGAUUUCUCAUUCUUAACUAUUUCCUUUUCUAUAUGUAUGAACUUGAGUUUGUAAUCAUAAGUUAACAAGCCAUGUAUUUGCUUUCAAGGCUUUGAAAUGCAUAGUUAUCUAUUCAUAAAGCAAUGGGACUAAAAGUCACCAACCCAAUCAAUUAUAAAAGUUCUCAAGAACACUAAAGGAAAGAAGAAGAAAAACACAGAGUUUGAAUUAAGAAAGGUGAGAUUUAUGGAAAAGAAGAAAACCUUGAUGAUAAAUUGUUGGCAGAGAGUGGUUUGGAUGCUGAUGAAGCGUCUUUGACAAAUGUGGAGAUGCUUUUGAGGUUCUUCGUCGUCUUUUUGUUUCUCAUCUUUUUCGUUGGGAGCAUCAUCAUCAUUGUGUUGUCAUUCUCAUCACCGAAAUUAGUGUUGAGAGAUUUCUUCAUAGUAGCUUUCUUUCUCUUGUUCG